GAAACUGGUCAACUGCGGACAAAAAGUAGGUCAGUAGGUCAAAUAAUAAAAAAACCUUGUGACCUCUCUAGAGGCCAUAUUUUUCAUGGGAUCUUCACGAAAGUUAUUCAGAAUGUUCAUCUUGAUGAUAUCUAGGUCAAGUUCGAAACUGGGUCACGUGCCGUCAAAACUAGGUCAGUAGGUCAAAUAUAUAAAAAAACAUUGUGACCUCUCUAGAGGCCAUAUUUUUCAUGGGAUCUGUAUGAAAGUUGGUCAGAAUGUUCAUCUUGAUGAUAUCUAGGUCAAGUUCGAAACUGGGUCAACUGCGGACAAAAAGUAGGUCAGUAGGUCAAAUAAUAAAAAAACCUUGUGACCUCUCUAGAGGCCAUAUUUUUCAUGGGAUCUUCACGAAAGUUAUUCAGAAUGUUCAUCUUGAUGAUAUCUAGGUCAAGUUCGAAACUGGGUCACGUGCCGUCAAAAACUAGGUCAGUAGGUCAAAUAAUAAAAAAACAUUGUGACCUCUCUAGAGGCCAUAUUUUUCAUGGGAUCUGUAUGAAAGUUGGUCAGAAUGUUCAUCUUGAUGAUAUCUAGGUCAAGUUCGAAACUGGGUCAACUGCGGUCAAAAACUAGGUCAGUAGGUCUAAAAAUAGAAAAACCUUGUGACCUCUCUAGAGGCCAUACUUGUGAAUGGAUCUUCAUGAAAAUUGGUCAGAAUGUUCACCUUGAUGAUAUCUAGGUCAGUUUCGAAACUGGGUCACGUGCCUUCAAUAACUAGGUCAGUAGGUCAAAUAACAAAAAAACCUUGUGACCUUUCUAGAGGCCAUAUUUUUCAUGGGAUCUGUAUGAAAAUUGGUCAGAAUUUUUAUCUUGAUGAUAUCUAGGUCAAGUUCGAAACUUGUUCAACUGCGGUCAAAAACUAGGUCAGUAGGUCUAAAAAUAGAAAAACCUUGUGACCUCUCUAGAGGCCAUACUUUUCAACGGAUCUUCAUGAAAAUAAGUCAGAAUGUUCACCUUGGUGAUAUCUAGGUCUUGUUCGAAACUUGGUCACGUGUUUUUAAUAACUAGGUCAGUAGGUCAAAUAACUGAAAAGCCUUGUGACCUCUCUAGAGGCCAUAUUUUUCAUGGGAACUAUAUGAAAAUUGGUCUGAAUGUUCAUCUUGAUGAUAUCUAGGUCAGGUUUGAAACUGGGUCAACUGCGGUCAAAAACUAGGUCAGUAGGUCUAAAAAUAGAAAAACCUUGUGACCUCUCUAGAGGCCAUACUUUUGAAUGGAUCUUCAUGAAAAUUGGUCAGAAUGUUCACCUUGAUGAUAUCUAGGUCUUGUUCGAAACUGGGUCACGUGCCUUCAAUAACUAAGUCAGUAGGUCAAAUAAUAAAAAAUCUUGUGACCUCUCUAGAGGCCAUAUUUUUCAGUGGAUCUUCAUGAAAAUUGGUUAGAAUUUUUAUCUUGAUGAUAUCUAGAUCAGAUUCAACACUGGGUCACAUGAGCUCAAAAACUAGGUCACAAUAUCAAAUAAUAGAAAAAAACGACAUCAUACUCGGUUUAAAACUGGGUCAUGUGGGGACAGGUGAGCGAUUCAGGACCAUCAUGGUCCUCUUGUUUGAUGAAUGUUAGGUCUCCAUGAAGUGAAACAAUAACCAAGGAACAAGGUGUAGUUAUAGCAGUGAUAUACUGGUACACUUUUUCCAUCAUGGCAUACAUCAUUAGGAUACGGUCAUGUCAGUUUGACCUGAGAUCAAUCACCGUGGAACCAGUCGUGUUCCUGUAUAUGUUUACAUCUUUUCUAACUCUUGUCACCUUCCAGGCUCUAACAUAUGAAAAAGUAUGUAAACAGCAUUACAAUACAACAGUUUGUGCAAACCUUGAAAAUAAAACUUUUGAAGUUGAAGAAGAAUUUGUUCAGAAGACAACAUCAUCCUGGAUAUUGUACACUAACCUGGCACUAGGGUUGCCUUCACUAGUUAUUGUGGUGCUGUUCCUUGGUCCGUGGGGAGACAGAGUUGAUAGAAAGAUUCCUGUUAUCUGCCCUUUGAUUGGUGGCAUACUUGCAACGGUUAGUAACAUUGUUAAUUCAGUAUAUAUUGAUGCUCCACUUCCAUAUAUACUCAUUGGACCAUUUCUGAAUGGACUUGCAGGCAGUUUUAUUGCUGUAUUAAUGGCUGUGUACAGUUACAUUGCUCAUGUUUCAACACCAGCUUACAGAACUAUAAAAAUCGGUAUCUUGGAGGCAAUGAUUUUUUUGUCGGGAACUGUUGGAACGGCAUUGUCUGGUGUCAUCCUUGAUCAGACUAGUUACGUAUUUGUGUUUAGUUUGAUAGCAGGGAUAAUGAUUCUGGCUUUGUUAUACACUAUAGUGUGGGUAGAUAGCAUCAAGCCUGAAAGUACCCCAGACACAAACAAGGAAGUGAAAAAUUGUUGCCAGUCUUUUCUUUUGGCUUCAGUUAAAGACGUCUUUCUGUGUGUGUAUGAUAAACGGAGAAGUAAGAACUUCAUUCAGCUUGCGCUACUGAAUGUUGUUAUUUUCGUCUUGAUGCUUGUCUCAGUAGGUGAAGCAGAUAUACUUUUGAUUUACACGCGACGUCGCCCAUUUGAAUGGUCUCAGACUACGUAUGCACUUUAUAGAGGUUUAGAAUCUUUUCUUCGUGGUAUAGCAGUGCUGACUCUUCUUCCAAUUCUGAAGAGACAGUUCAAGACAAGGGACACAACUUUCAUGAUUUUAGGUCUUGUUUCUAAAACUGCAGCUCUUGUUGUGCUUGGAGUUGGCAAUUCUACAGCUGUACUGUUUAUAGGUGCUGUAUCUGGUCUUCUGAUAGGGUUUGGUUCAGCAGGAAUGAGGUCCAUGAGUUCUGGCAUGGUCAGCCGCAGUGAACAAGGAAAACUGUACAGCUUGAUUGGAAUGGUUGAGAGUAUAUCCACACUGGCAGCAACAAGUUUGUUUAACACUGUGUACAGUGCUACACUGGACUUCUAUGCAGGCUUCUGUUUUCUUAUUGCAGCUGUGUUAGUAGGGUGCUGUUUAAUCAUUGCAGGGUACUUACAUAUAAAGUUGUCCAAGGAUACUGCAAGAGAUUACGAUACCUUACAAAAUGAAAUAGCUGCCAAUGAAGUUGUAAUAGAUCAACACAAUAUACAGACAGAUACUGAAGUUGAAUCUUAGAUACCAGCUUCUUUUCAUUUCUAACUACUGUAAACAAAUUCUGAGGCACAUUCAUGGGAAAUAUCUGUGUACAUGUGCAGCCUCACUAAAUAAAGACACUAUCUGUAUGUUAAUUAUUGUAGACAUCAAUUUAAUUGAUAAUGGUACAAUUACCGGUAUUAAUUGACAGAGCUUCCAGUAUUCUCUAAACAGUAUCAUUCUUGUUAUAUGUUCUUUUACAGAACUAAAAUUUGCAAUACUGGUAACAUACAAAGUCACAUCUGCAAUCCACUAUUAGGAAGGAAUUUAAUCUUCACAUACAGUAGAAACUCCAAAAACUGGACCCAGUCCGGACCAAAUCAAAAGUCCGGUUUUCAGAGGAUUCCAGUUUUCAGAGGAUUUUGCGCAAUUUUCUGAAAGGAUUUAUAUAUGUAUAUUCUUAUAAAUUUCAUCUGACUGUUUCA